GAACGGACUUUAGUAUCAAAUUACAUUCGUUGCCUAACGGUAGUACUUUGUCGUGAACAAUGGCGCUCGGAAGUACACUUCAAUACGUUCUCCUCUUGGCCUGCUGCCUCUCCAUCGGCUGGACGACGCACGCAACACCACAAGCACGCAUUGUCGGUGGCGUCACUGUGGAUAUUAAUAGCGCGCCGCAUUUAGUUACGAUACGUUACAAACGUAACGCGACAACAGCCUUCGAACAUCGCUGUUCCGGCACCAUUUACACGGAGAACAUCAUACUGACCACAGCACGUUGUGUCGUAGGCUUGAAGCGUCAACAGCUGUUAAUAGUUGCCGGUAGCAGUUAUCGUGCACAGAGUGAUGGCUCUGUGUACGGUGUCAAUUCAAUUGUCAUACAUCCAGAUUUCGAUAUUUGGUUUAUAGAUAAUGACAUGGCAUUGAUAUAUCUAGCAAAUGCGCUCACCACACAACAGCCUAAGGUGAUUCAGCCCAUAAAGUUGGCGGCCGCGGUGCCGGCUGUGAAUAGUACCGCAACGGUGGCUGGUUGGGGUGCUGCUGCGGAGUAUGCUGCGUAUGAGACGCAAUUGCUGGAGGCUAAUGUACGUAUCAUAGCCGAGGCGCAGUGUAAAAAAGCUUAUGGCGCAGGACGCAUUAGUGCGGCUAUGUUAUGUGCGAGUGGUACGAACGCGAACGGCGGUAUAAUCGAUGCUUGCCAAGGUGAUGCCGGCAGCGCGUUGGUUUUCAACGGCACCGCUGUAGGUUUGGUAUCAUGGGGCAAUGGCUGCGGUCGUGAAGGUUAUCCUGGUGUCUAUACGAAUUUGACGCACUUCAAGGCUUGGAUUGAGAGCGAGGCGAAUAAGACAGUGUCAGAAAAUUGAUAUCCAGUUAGAAAACGUAAUUAUAUGAAGAAAAUGUUUAAGAGAAUUUAACUAUUAAGAUCGAAAGCCAUUAAUUAAAUAAAAAUUAGAGAAUUCGAGUAAUAACGAAUAUAUCUAGUAGUUCACUGAUAAGUAUAAUUCCAACAUAACCAAUCAGUGAUAACAGUGACUCAUAAUCACAAUUCAAUGUCGAUAUAUCGUUCAGUAAAAAAAAAAUUAAUUAAUUAAAUAAAAAGAUAACCACAUU